AUCCAUAUUGACUGACUGAUGACAUGCUUAUUGCAGAUUUUUAUGCUUGCUUUACUUAGAUGGUCAUCCUUUAUAAGAAUACACAAUUUUCAUGUAAAUAAUAAAUAAAUAAAAAAUCUUUACACAACCCACAUAGAAGGCCUUCCUAUGUACUCCAUCCAAUUAUGCCAUGUGGAAGGGUGAUGUGAUAACUCUGACUGUUGGAUAGAUAAGGCAUGGCCUGGAUUGUCCAUGUGCCAAAUUUCAAAUCCAAAUUGUAUCAUAAACCCUUCCAUGUAUUGGAAUUUUCAUCCAUCCAUUGGUUUUCAACCACUUUUCAAAAUGAUUCUUUUUCCUACUGGAUUUUUAAAGCUUUAUUUUGCCACACGAGCAGGGGACCGGCCUUGUGCAAAAAUAAAAUAAAAAAGAAUCCCAGAUAUUAUGAACCAUUGACAGAGAAAUCUUAAACAUUCUUUCAUCAAGGAAUUUGUCUCCCUAAACAGUUCACAAUCACAGGGUCUGAUGCAAGAUUCGUGGAUGUGGAGCUUUCUUGAUAGGGUCUGUUAGAGAUAAAAUAUAGUUAUGGUUUUUAUAUGUAUCAUUAUCCACUUUUUAGUUCAUGGAUGAUGGUCCAUGGUAACCUUCAUUUCAUUUCAAUAUCUUCAAUUGUCUUAAUAAAAGAUUUGGAUGGUUUCUUACAGGACCACGGGGUUUGUCCAGUAAAAAUAGUCUCAUUUCUGAGAGCUCUAUCUUCUAAAAGGAAGUUGGUUUUUGUCUUGUUUUUAAUAGUUAAAUUAACUUUCUCAAGUUACAGAACAUAUGAGGAACAUUCAGAUUUUCAGAAAUAAAAAAAUGGUAAAGAGGAAGGAUGUAAAAUAACUUACUUUAAGCUGCACCAAACAGAACAUUGGUUUUUCCAUUAGAGAUUGCUAGAUGUGUUGUAGCACAACAGUCCAUGCUAUCCUCUUGUGGACAUGUUAAGCAUAAUUCAUGGCAGCUGUUGUUGAGUUUGUACCAUUUGAUGAACUGAGUAAGUAUUUAUUUUCCUGCAGUGAAUAUCUGUUCUUUGAUUAUGCUCUGUAUUUUUCCCUAAAAUCAUGAAAAGCACAACAUAGAAAUUCUUGGAUUAGAGUUGCAUAUGUACUUCCCCUUACUGAUCUUGCUUCUUCAAGUUCAUGGAAAAUGGUUGACGGUUACAUGUUUUUAUGGGAAAUUCCUGUGGGUGGAGUUAACUUCAUGGCUGGGUUUGUUGGUGAUAAAAUAUUCUUGGUCCUUCAUAUCCAUGGACAGUGGUUGAUUGUAACCUACAACUCAUAGCCACUUUUUUUUUUUUUACUACUAUUAUUCAGUCAAUCUAAGAGGCUAUGAACUUUUAUUAUGUUUUCACAGCAACAUAUUGAUUGGUUUUAUUGCUUCCUUGGUGUGAUAAGUUUUAUUAUUUAGAUGUUGUGAGAAAAUUCAAAGCUUUGUAGUGGAUUCUUAACGUAUUACAUGCUUUGUGAUCAUCAUCUCUUGAAAGUUCUCAUUUUGGAAUUACGAGAUUCCUUUAUUUAUUUUUUUGCUAGGAACCUUUAUUUCUUCAUUUAAAAGAAAAACUUUAAAAAGGAUUGUCAACAAAAAAGGCAUUCAAGUGCCUUGUAGAUUCUCAUCCAGGACUUUUAUUAAUGAGCAGUGCUUGUUGCAAUGUAACCCCUCUUUAGCCAAUAUCUUUGGCAUGGGGGCUAAUUUUGUCAAACUUGCCUUGUGUCUCAUGCUCGUAACAAAUAGCAGCUUGAACUUAGGCUCUCUUUGGUUGGAUUUCUAUUUCAAUUUCAGAUUGAUUUCUUAAAAUAAGUCACAAAAUGGUUUUUCGGUCAAGAAAUUGAAUUUUUUUGGUUUCGUCAAUUGAAAAUAUUUCAAGAAUAAGAAACUCAUUUUAUGGUUCAAUUUUAAGAAUAGAUUCUAUCUAUUUAUGAUAAUAAUAAUAAUUGCAAUGUAGCUCCCUCUUUAGCCAAUAUCUUUGGCAUGGCGGCUAAUGUUGUCCAACUUGCCUUGUGUCUCAUGCUCGUAACAAAUAGCGGCUUGAACUUAGGCUCUCUUUGGUUGGAUUUCUAUUUCAAUUUCAGAUUGAUUUAUUAAAAUAAGUGACCAAAUAGUUUUUCUAUCAAGAAAUUGAAAUUGUUUGGUUUCAUCAAUUGAAAAUAUUUCAAGAAUAAAAAACUCAUUUUAUGGUUCAAUUUUAAGAAUAGAUUCUAUCUAUUUAUGAUAAUAAUAAUAAUAAUAAUAACAAUAAUUAUAAUAGAAAAUAAAAUAGUAUUAAAGUGAUGAUGAUAAGAAUAUAAAAUUUUUUAUAUUAUUAUUAUCACCAUGGAAAAGUCUAGGCACGCAGCUGGGCUACCCAGACUUGUGUCACUCUCUCUCCCCCACCCCAUGGAAAAGACACCGAUGCCCAUGUGUGUCCCGCAUUCCCAUUGUUGGAGCCUCUAACUCUAGGAAAGCUAGCGUCGUGCCCAACCUCUACCCUAUUAUCAUUUGUAAUAUGGAGAAAAGAACCCUGCUCGCUCGUGCAAGUAUACACCUAGACUCACCAAGGUUGAACGACUGUGCUGCCGUUGCAUGUCCAACCUCUACCCUAUUAUUAUUUAUAUUGUGGAGAAAACAUCCCUACCCGCUGGUGCUAGUAUAUGCCUAGACACGGAAAGGCUGAAAGACUAUGCUGCCCCUGCGCUGAAGAUGCUCGUGCGCGCCCUUUCAUUGGCCACUCGCGCUGGCAUAUACCUGCGCUAGCGGGUAGCAUUCUCUUACCAUCAAGGUUUGAGGUCUCAAUUUUGCCCAGGAAAAAACUGAGUUAUGGAGAGUUCUCGGCAAAACCAUGUAAUUUUGGACAGGACAACCCGGAAAAACUUGAGGAUGAGUUUUGGUGGCAAUUUGGCCAAGUUAGCUCCUGGAACUUGUCAUCUAGCCUAUUUUAGGCCUUUUAAACAUAGUGGAAACAUUAUAUUUUUAAAAUUAAACCCAAAAUGGUACUUUGACUUAGGAAACUAGGUUGGUAGCCUAUGGCGUAGGUCUACCUUAGGCUAUUCCACACAAUAUCUAGUACGUUUAGGACACAUAAUUUAAGUACAAGUGUAAAACAACUUAAAUAAGCAUAUAAGGAAUUAAAAGACAACAAAAGGUGUCAAUCUUCAAUCUACAAGUAUUGAAGUUGAUAACCUCUACUUUAGAGGUGAUAUUUGGCAAGAAGAAGCACCAAAAUACAAAGUCUUGUGAGAUAUUUCUUCACAAUAAGGCGAGACAGGCGAGAAAUCUCAUCGAAAUAGGGUUUAAAGCAUCAUGUGACUUGGUUGAGUCGAGUCAACACCGAGAAAUGAACCGAAAUCUUGGCCAGAAACAGAAAUUUUGAGCAAGUUGUUUUCCAGUAUCACCUAUGCUCUCGAAUCACCAAAGCCGAAAAAUGAAACUUUAGCGAGAUCUCGCCGAGACCUUGAACUAUGCUUACCCUUAUAAUAUAAUAGUAUUAUUAUUUCAUGGGUGAGGCAGGGUUUCUUGGAAUCGAUUUCUUCCAAAAUAGGUGAAAUAGCCCCUUGGCUAUUGAAAUUGAUUUCAAUUUCACAGAAAUAAGGUACAAAUAUCAUACCAAACACCCCCUGAAAUAUUUCUUGAAAUCAUACCAAAGAGAGUUUUAACCCAUCAUAUCGUUAUGUUAUUUCUGUAUUUAUUUUAUUUAUGAUGGGAACACAUUCUGUACAUUUUAAGGAAAGAAAAUAAAUUGAACAAGUGGUUGAUUAUCAUGAGGGAAUGUUAAUUUUUUCGUCAUGUGCCUGAUGUGAACUCUUUUAUGUGGGCUUGAAACUGACUGGGCAGAACCAGUGUACACACUACUUGCAACCAGGUAUUGAAUGCAAAAACACCAUACCCAUUGUUUUGACUCCUUCCAGUUCCAGUUAUGAUAGUAGCAAUAUAGCAUCAAUCAGGUAUAUUUAUCUCUAUUCUUAGUAGUCAAAUCUGUAGUAAUUAUCAUCCACUGAGUGACUUUACCCUACCCUCCUAGUCAGUCAUCAAAUUCAUACAAUCAUAGAAUAUUAAUAUUAAUAGUCUCUUCAUCGUCAUCAUUAGAAUUGAUCUACCCUUUUGUCCCAUUUGCUCCUUCAAUAGAUUCACGGUAUUGUGUUGAACUUCCAUAAUGGCACUGUCCCUAUGUUCAGCUCUAUCUUUAGACACUUUUGCGGAUGAUAUCAAGUAGAAUAAUGGUCUAAAGAUUACAUGGAUGUGACACCAUCAUGGAAUAUUGAUUCUGUUUCUUGGUCGAGCUUGGAAGAUGCAUACAACAAUAUCAGACCAGACAGUCUUAUGAUAAAAGGGAAGAUGCCUGAGGGGAUUACGGCUGAGAAACUCUUGGACACCAUAAUGGACACAUUUGCAGAUAGUGUCCCAAAGCAGAAGUCAGUGUCAUUUUUUGAGGAGGAUAAAUCAAAUUCAGUCUCUUCUCAGAUGAAUAAACUUUUUGGACGGCAAAAAAGUAUUCACAACAUUUUGGGGGGUGGAAAGUCUGCUGAUGUUUUGUUAUGGAGGAACAAGAAGAUAUCCGGGAGUGUCUUGACUGGUGCAACAGCAGUCUGGGUGCUCUUUGAAUGGCUUGAUUACCAUUUUCUUUCUUUGGUGCUCUUUGCGCUUGUUAUUGGUAUGAUUGUUCAAUUUGUAUGGUCUAAUGCUUCCGGUAUAUUGAACAGUUCCCCAUCUAAAGUGCCCCGUUUUGUUGUGCCUGAGGAGAUUUUUGUCAAUAUUGGUGCAUCAAUUGGUGCUGAAGUCAAUCGUUUCUUGAGAUUUCUUCAGGAUGUUUCAUGUGGAGGCAACUUGAAGCAAUUCGCCAUGGUUGUGUUUGUUCUGUUUGUUGCUGCUAUUAUAGGAAGCUGGUGCAAUUUUUUGACUGUUUCUUAUGUCGGAUUUGUUGCUGCUCAUACUUUGCCGGUCCUGUAUGAAAGGUAUGAAGACCAAGUGGACAACUUCCUUUAUAAUGUGUUUGGACAGCUUCAGAACCAGUACCGUAAGAUUGAUACUGGCGUACUCAGCAAAAUUCCGAAGGGAAGCCUCAAGGGAAAGAAGUUCGAAUGACUGAAAAGUUCUUAUCCCAAACCCAGUUGAACAAAAGUCGAUUUAAACUUGAUUCUAGUAAGAAACUUCUCUUGGGAAUUUUAUUGUCUACAACCAUAGCUCAAAGAUAGAUUUUAGGAGUUGUGAAUGCUACAUUGUAAAAAAAACAAAUCAUUUAUAUAUUACAAUGGAUGGGGCAUGAAUUGGAAGAUGGGAUCAACCUAUGCCUUUUUAUUUUGAA